GUUGACAGGCAGAUUUGAUAAAAAGACACCACCAGAGUUUAUACAUCGAUAUCUCCAAGUGACAGCUGACAGUUUCAACGUGAAAUAUCUGUACAGAGCCAGGUGCGGCACAGCUGGUGUCUGUUUCAUGAUAUACGUGCAGCAGUGUCUGAUUCUUGAGGUAUUUGUAUCACGGAAUAUUAGAAUGUGGUUCGUUGGAUACGUAUCUGGGUUGAAAAUGAUCCAUACUCGACAACAGGGCAUUAUCGAAAUUCCCAUGGGUGACCUAAGACAGUGUAGAGUAUGACUGCUAAAGACUAAGUAAGGACAGUGCUGAUGUAGCGUGUCACCAUACCUCAUAUGCCGAUCGAUGGCCAGGAAAAGAGUACAGAACACUUCUGCAAAAGUCAUCACCAUGGCAAAAGAAAGUAUGGGAGAGCAAAGCAAGACCGAAGAAGCAGAUGACAAACAAGGGGAUUCGGUGUCACUGUUCCAACGACUGUACUCUGCCGUAUUUUAUGGAGUCGCCUCUUUUCUCAUCAUCGUUGUAAACAAGAUAGUGCUGACAACAUACAGGUUCCCUUCAUUCCAGAUACUAGCUAUUGGACAGAUGGUCACUGGGAUUGUUGUGCUGUUCCUUGCAAAGAGGGUGGGGCUGGUUCAUUUUCCAGGCCUGUCAAAAGAAACUGUGUUAAAGGUUUGGCCGCUGCCUCUCAUCUAUGUGCUGAAUCUUCUCACAGGACUUGGGGGAACACAGCGGCUCAAUUUGCCCAUGUUUACAGUAUUAAGAAGAUUUUCUAUUCUUUUCACAAUGUUUGGAGAAUACCUGAUAUUAGGAUACAGUGUUGCCUUAACAACGAAGUUGACAGUGUUGCUGAUGAUACUGGGAGCUAUUAUAGCAGGAAGCACUGACCUGGCCUUUGACCUGAUGGGCUAUGUGAUGAUUCUACUCAAUGAUGUCUUUACAGCUGUCUAUAAUAUUUACGUCAAGAAAAAACUGGAUUCAAAGGAACUGGGUAAAUAUGGUGUGCUAUACUACAACUCACUCUUCAUGGUUUUUCCUGCAUUAUUAUUAGCUGAGUAUAAUGGAGAAAUUGAGAAGGCUGUAUUAUUCAAGGAGUGGUUCAACCCCGUGUUCCUUGGCCAGUUCCUUUUGUCCUGCUUCAUGGGCUUCAUCCUCAACUAUUCCAUCAUACUGUGUACUGCAUGUAACUCAGCGCUCACGACCACCGUCGUUGGAGUUUUAAAGAAUACAACAGUGACCUAUGUUGGCAUGUUUAUUGGAGGAGAUUAUAUAUUUAGCUUAUCAAACUUUGCUGGAAUGAAUAUUAGUAUACUUGGCAGUUUGCUGUACUCCUAUGUGACCUUUGGCCAAAAACCUCCCCAAUCCAGCAAUAACGCAGCUGAACAGAAAACACAAACAAAAACUAUUCAAGUUUGAUCUUAGACAUUACAGUCUCAAUGAAUAGUUUUGUUCUAUGCUGAGGAGACUGACUAGAUGUCGGCAAUACUCUAGUGGAUACACUAUAUUUGUGUUUGAAAUCCAUUCAAAUUACCGGUUUCCAUCUUAUCAUGAACUGUUUCAUUAUCAUGAAAAUUAUCAUUAGUAAGAGGGACAAAGAUGAAGGUCCUGUUGAUAACUUACAUGACAGGCUGAAGCGAAGGGAAAGAUCUCUGAAGCUAGAUACUCGGACAUACCAAGGGGAUUCUUUUUAUUCAUUCAAGUUUUGUUUUUUUCUGGGCCAUGUAUAUGAGUAUACUUAAAGACAAAAGUAACUGUGAUCAUAUGAAUUCAUCUAUAAAUGAAACCAUCUCUUUUAUUGUUUGUAACAGUGUUUCAGCCCUACUUCUUGCCCUUUCAUCAGGUGUUUGUUUGUUGUUAAAUAGCAAUAUUCCAGCAAUAUGACGGCGGUCUGUAAAUCGAGCCUGGACCAGACAAUCCAGUGAUUGACAUCAUGAGCAUCGAUUCACACAAUUGGGAUCAGUGAUAUUCAUCAACCAAGUCAGCGAGCCUGACCACACGAUGCUGUUAGUCACCUCUUGCGGCAAGCAUAGUCACCUUUUACGGCAAGCAUCGGUUGCUGAAGACCUAUUCUACCCCGGAUCUUCACAGGUCCUUUCAUCAGGUGUACACUGAGUACUUACAUGGAGUUAAUAUAUAUACAUUAUGAUAUGUUUACACAAUGUAGGAUUAAUGUACAAAGAUGUCAAUAUAAUGAUGAAGACAAUGAAAUUAACAGAAGAGAAGCCUACCUUGUGUACAUAUGUUAACUGCAUGUACCUGAUAAAGGGACAAGAAGUAGCUCUGAAACAUUGUACAAUGAAUAAAAGAAGUGUCAUGUAUUUAAAAAUCAUUACAUUGACAACACUCACAUUGAGUAGAAACAUUAGUUUCGGGAAAUGUAUAUUUUGGUCAGUCAUCAUUGUUCAUAGAAUUAUUGAUGUGAUCUUGGGGGUGCAUCGUACACUGUCUCAUGUUGAACAUUGUCAGUACAUCGUGGGUUUGGUAUACACAUCACCAGUGAAUACAUACAACCGAUUUGCUGUGUAGGUAGUAGUGACAUGUGGCUCUCUUUUUUCAGCUACUCAAAUAAGGCCAUUUAUCACUCAAAUGAGACCUACUCUGUGCAUGAACCUUGUGCAAACCAAACCAUGUCAUGAUAUACAACAUGUAGAAUAGAUGGCUGCAACAUUAUGGGACGUAUUGCAUGUGAAAUAUUGCUGUUUUGUGGUGUAAUCUGAGCGUUCAUUUGUCUCAGCUCUUGUUCGUUACUCUCUCGGAAAAACUGGCAGUGUUUCAGCGAUAAUCCACUAGUCCUUAUAAUGACAUGUAGCAAAACCCUUAAAAUGGCAAAAUUCUAAUAGUCCUUAUGAUACAUUAACUAUUGGUCAGUUUGGUGAGGUCGACAGGACUUAGGGGUGCUUGAUAUAACAGGUAUACCAAUAUGGCUGUCAGCAAUGCAUGUAUUGCAAUACAACCCUUGUGUUUUGAACCAGACUAGUGCCAAUUUCUAUUGCUUGCUUGAGAUGUUGGUUAAAAAUAGUGACUACAUUGCAAGUCAGCUGUAUGUAUUCAUGGGAGAUUGAGGAACAUAGUGUAUACGAAACUUUACAGUAUUCAUGACGUUUGAAUGUUGGUUUUGUAGAAACUAGAUUUUGUAGAGAGCUGUUGCUGUAUGACAAUGUUGUUGAUAGUUGUAUAACAUAUUAAAAUAUAUUUGAUAUCCAUACAGAGAUUUAUCAGAAAUAUCAACUAUUUUGAAUUUGCUUUUGAUGAUUUUAUUGGGUGUUUUUUACCUUAUUUGACUGCCUCCAUACACUUCAUGCUCUGGGUUCUUAUGAGUAUGAGUCUUUUAUUAGAAAGCAUGUGUGUUUCUUUAUCCAUCUUGCUGAGGGUAAUAAUUCUUAUAGAAGUGUACAAAUCAAUGCUGCAGAGGGACCGGUCAUUAAUUAUAGGGGUAGGUUGGUCAGUGGGAAUCAGGGGAGGGUCACCAAAAUAUAUGACAGUCUAUAGAGGAGGGUCCUAAAACAUGAUAGCCAUAUCUUGUGAGGGUAUUAAAAUAAAUAAAAAUAAAUAUAGUAGAAAAUGGAUAUAACGAACUACAAGGGACCAGAAAAAUCAGUUUGUUAUAUCUGUGGUUCGUUAUACACGUUUUCGCUCGGCCGCCAUCUUGGAUAAAACAAAACACAAUACACGUAAUUGCAGCAUUGACUUGUAUUAGUAGUGAUCACUUCAUAGCAUUCAAUUAAUAACAUUUCAUAACAUUAAUUUAAGUUGAACAAGGUUGAUCCAUCACCGCUGAUUGCAUACAGCCAGUUGUCAGUGACACUUCACACUGAGUGAGAUUUCUUAGUUCACUAUACACGUCACUAAUUAGUGGUAGAUGGGCUUGUCGGUGAUCAGAUAUCAGUUCGUUGUAUCCGUUAGUUCGCUGUAGAGAGUUCGUUAUAUACGUAAAUUUUAUAUUACACUAUAUGGGAGAUACAUCGGGGAUUGUUUAACAGUUCUUUGUAUCCGUUUGUUCGCUAUAUCCGUGUUCUACUGUAUUGAUUUUUCUUUUGAAAUAUAACGUGCCUAUGCAUUUUGUCUUUUCAGGGAGGGUCAUUGGUUAAAUAGGACAAGAACAUGGGGAGGGUCAUCCCAAACUAUGACAAGCAUUAGGCAAGGGUCGUUAUUUUCAGUAUAUUAGUGCAUCAAAAUACCUCUGACCCACCCAUCAUAAAUGACCGGUCCCUUAAUGACCGUUGAUGGACAGUCGUUAGGUGAUAAGUUUUCAAGGAGACAAGAUAAUGAACACAUACCCAGGACUACUGCUGGGACGAGUCCAAAUUUAAUACCCUGGUACCCGAUCCCCUAUUGCUUGGCCCUACCCGGGUACCCACUGCAGUUGGGAACAAAAUGUCUGAUUGGAAAUUGUUUUUUUCGCAGCUCUAGCCAAAACUAUUUAGAUACAUGUAUCAAACGAUCAGUACACUGAAAUUGACUGAAGCUUUAUCUUUACACAGACAUAUUCAAGUCAAAAGGAAUGUGUGCAUCGUCAGAAAGAAAUGCGAACAUUAGCGACUUGUGGUGUAACCACUGAGCUAUAGUGAGUUUUUGUCAUCAAACAAUAUAUCACGUGACUAACCACGGGUUCGGGUAGUCCUGUGGGUACCUGGGGCUUCUAAGGACCCACCUGACCCAAGCUUUGCCCAGAAUUUCUGUAAUGACUUUGAAAUUAUUUUGACCUUUCGAGUGCGGGGAUACAUUUGUGCUGGGACGUCAUAAAGAAAGAUAUUUGAAUUGAAGUAUCCUUCGACGUGGUAUUCAGUCACCUGAUCACUGAAACAAACAUUUAAUUUGUGACUUAUAAUGCAGGCAUUAAUCAAAAUUCUCUAGUGCAGACAUAUACACAGCAGGUCCAGCCUUAUGAAUGCACACAUGUCUAAUGUAUGUUUAAUAUGCUCAAAAUCGCCUCCAACGAGAACCAGUAUUUGUUUAUCAAUCAAUCCAUAUAUUCCAAACAUUUUUAACUUCAUUGCAAUGACGUAUAAUGGACAAGUUAUGGGGUAGACUUUUCAUCUAUGAGUGUUCUAAAAAUGCAUUUUGGAGCAAGCUCAGCGUUCGAAAUACCUGCCUGCCCGACCGUCCGAGACGGGUUGAUUUCAACUCGGGCUGCCAGAUUUUCAAAUCCCCCUGCCCGACGGUCGGGUUAUAUUUCAUAGGUGAAAAUAUUCUAAAUAUUU